AUGCCCCGCGUCGACGCUUUCCCACCCUACACCAAAGCAUCGCAGUUCCCUUCGCCGCAGACGCCCUAUGUUCCGUACCUAGACUUUCUUCGACCGCCCACUGCCCAGGCGCCACAGCACCCACCCCGCCCAGACCUCCCUCCGCCUCCUCCAGGAUACACAAGAACAGUACACGCAUCUCCAGCGGCGUGGCCUAAGCAGCUCGACGGCAGUAAAGGUGACUAUUCUCGACUCUCGACGCCCUUUGGAGCUGUCCCCGCGACCGAGAGCAAGGAGGAGCGCGGUGCGCGUGUGCAAAGCGAAAAGCUCAAGUGUGUCAGCGAGCGCCUGGCAUGCAACGAGUGGAAGCUCGACGAAGCCAGUAAGGGCGACCAGCCGGCCCAGUGGCUUGCCGCUGAGCGAUGGAGGCGCGAUGUGCAGGUGCCCGGCGGUCUGACGUUGCUCUUUGCCCACGCCAACGGUCUGAACAAGGAGACUUGGUUCCCCAUCGCCCGCCGCGUGGUUGCCAACGACCCCCAGGCUCUCGGCGCUGUGUUUGGCACUGGCGAGCCCCUCUCACGUGCGACUAAUGUGGUGAUCAACGACAUGUGGUUCCUGGACGACACCCACCACGGCGUGUCGGUGGAUCUCAACGCCGGCGUCCUGUCCAGCCGCUACGCCUGGGCAGACUGGGGACGCGAGAUGCUCAACUUUGCGACCCACAUCUUGCCCGCAUACAGCUCCACCAACACGCACCAGUGGCAGCUGGGAUGGCACGAGGAGGGCAAGGCUCCCAAGACGCCAAACCUCGUUGCUGUCGGCCACUCGUACGGCGGCAACGGUCUCGUCCAGGCCAGCGUCACCCGCCCCGAUGUCUUUUCUUCCCUCUUCCUCAUUGAGCCAAUGUGCAAUGCCGCGAUCAUGUCGUUGAACAUCAAGGCCGAUUACCCAAUCGUGCACGCAGCUAUCAAACGUCGCUCCAACUGGCCCUCCAUGAAGGACGCUGCGGCCAUGCGCAAGAACCCGCUGUUUGCAACAUGGCACGAUGAAGUGUUUGACACCUGGCUCUCGCACCACCUCGUGCCUGUGGAUCCGUCCAACCCCGACGGCGAGGUCACGCUCGCGACGCCGACCUGGGCCGAAGCCGCCGUCUUUUCCGACCCAAACGGCUCGAUCCGCGGCUGGGACAAGCUGUACGAGAUCACUGUCCCCGCCGGCUUCCUGAUGGCUGGUAACGAAGACUGGAUGGGAGGCGAGAAGCUCGCGCAGGAGAUUGCCGGCCGCGCGCCGCGUACUCGUAACGAGCGUGUCAUGAAGGCCGGGCAUCUCCUCCCUCAGGAGGCGCCCGAGGAGGCCGCCGAGGCCCUCUGGCGCUUCUUCACAACGCUGGCUGCGGGCGACUGGGACAAGGUGAAGAGCAAGAUUUAA